GGUUUGGUUUCAUGAAGCUCCUUACUCCUGAGUUUAUCCGGGUGUAACGAUCGGUUGAUUGAAUAAAAAGCUACCCGCUACCCUUCUCUUUCUCUCUACCAACUAGACAUUAUCGCCGCCGUCCCCUUCUCUCUCUCAAUUGCUCAACCCUAGCCCCGCGCGAGAUCCAGGAUUUGGAAAGAUGCUGACAACUAAAGGAUGCAGUUACGAUCUCACAAGAAGCACAAGCGAUGAACUAACAACCAGCAAUGGUGGUGGAGAGGUGUUACCUUAUUAUCUAACAAGGUUGAAUAAGAGGCAGAAGGCUUGCAGGGGUGAGGGAGAGGCUAUUGAGUCAUUGCCUUCCGGUACUAGUUUUGACGGAGGACUUGGCAGUAGUGGCUCUGGCCAAGAUGCCUCUGAAUGUCUCAGUGAAGCAGUGUCAAAAAUGUCCCGAAGCGCUGUCUUGCUUUCGUUAUUUGAUGGUGAUUUUGGCUGUUUGACGCAUCUGGAUUUUCCAAAUACUCAUUUGAUCAUCAACAAUUAACUGUUGAAUGUAUAUCUUUUGUAGGAGGCAUCAAUGUGUUUACAUGCUCAGGCGUUCCUGUAGAACGCAGAUCAUCUCAUAUAAAAGUACUGACAUCAGCAAAAUUGGCUACAACUUUGAAUGAUAAAAGAAAAGCUGGCUGUAGCAUGAUGAUUCAUGUGUGUGAUGUAUCCAAUAAGAUUGCCAGAGGGUGGUUGCACCACUAUGAUUUAGACCUUGGGAUUGCUUUUGUCAAGGUCAUGGAGUUCCUUGAUGUUAGUGCAGUACAUUCCGUCAUGGAAUGGAAUUACAGCUUAUUGACUCUGGUGCAUUAACACCCUUGGUGCUGUCUAGAGAUUCAAGUGCUUCUGAAGAUGGCAAAGAGCUUUGUAAGUCCUUGAAGGCUGGGGAUGGUGCGCCACUUUUUGAUGGUGAUGGAAACUUUGCUGGCAUGAACCUUCUUUUGGAUACAGGAAGCUGGUCUUGUGUGCAAAUGAGUGUAAUUAUUGAACAAUUGGAGCAACUUGAGAAAAGGAUUAAAUUGCGUGUGAGCAGAACGGUUGAUCGAUCCAGACAUAAAGCUCCUUGCACACGCGAUGGAUGGAGACGAAAUGGAAAACACUAUAGCACCAACCCGAAAGCAAUUGAACUUACUGCCCAGGAUCCGUCGGAGGAUGUUGACUCCUUGGGUUAUCCCAUGCAACCAGAAACUGCAAUGGAGGGUGGCAUGGUUUUGGUUAACACUUUUGAAGAGAAUUUUGGUGACUUGUUUGAUGCUUGUGAAGGUGUCUGGAGUAUGCUCAGUAAAACAGUUGCAGAGAAUUUAUCCCGAAGUGUUGUCUCCCUUGCUUCAUACGAUGGGAAAACGAGGUUUUUCGCUUGUUCAGGCGUGAUUAUAGAAUGGAAGGGGUGCUCCUCGAGAUGAUGUGCUGUUUCCAAACAAACUACACACCGAAGGGACAUUGGAACAUUAUAACUUGCAUUAUAAUGUCGCUAUUGUCAGUUUCAAGGGUUUCACCGAUCAUUCUGCUGCAAAUAUUAAUGUCUGUGGAACCCUUCGUUUUCCAAAAGUAGUAGUAGCGGUAGGGCGUUGCUUUGAAUCAAGCAUGUUAAUAGCCACAAGAGGGAGACUCACUGGUUGGCGGAGCAGAUUUGAUUGUGAUCAUAUAUGAUAUUCCACUUGUGAAAUUACUAAGGUACACUACUGCUUUGUCUUGCCAUUUACGCGAUUGAAGUAGAUUGCUACCUCAGAAUGGGUCAGUGUACGUGCAUCUGUCACCUACAUUUGUUAAACCUUAGGUGUUACGAAAAAAAGUUUACUUUCGAUGUAACCUGAUUCCGUAUUUUUCA